AUGUCGAGGUUUCAUCUCCCGCUUGCGGCAGCGGUAGUACUGGUUUCUUGUCUCUGGAGCGCAAAUGCGCUGGUUAGACCGGAUGGCGUGGGUAAACUGCCCGCGCUGGGCUGGAACUCCUGGAACGCAUUUGGCUGCGACAUCGACGACGCGAAGAUCAUGACGGCGGCAAAGGAGAUUGUGAAUCUCGGUCUGAAGGACUUGGGGUAUGAGUACAUCAACAUCGAUGAUUGCUGGUCCGUCAAGAGCGGACGUGACAAAACCACGAAGCGCAUUGUCCCGGACCCGGCGAAGUUUCCCGACGGCAUUGCGGGUGUUGCGGACAGAAUCCACGAUCUUGGGUUGAAGGUUGGGAUCUAUAGCAGUGCCGGCUUGACGACCUGUGCUGGAUACCCUGCCAGUCUGGGCUACGAGGAGAUUGAUGCCCAAACCUUUGCGGAAUGGGGCAUUGACUAUUUGAAAUACGACAACUGCGGCGUCCCCUCCAACUGGACAGAUGCGUAUACAUUCUGCGUCCCCGACCCCGGCAGCGCCUCGACCAACGGCACCUGCCCCGAUAACGAGAACCCAGCGCCGCAAGGCUACGACUGGAGCACAUCCCUGACAGCCCAGCGGCACCAGCGUAUGCGCGACGCCUUGCUCGGCGUCGAGCAUACCAUCUUCUACUCCCUCUGCGAAUGGGGCCAGGCGGAUGUGAGUGCCUGGGGUAAUGCCACGGGUAACUCCUGGCGGAUGUCGGGCGAUAUCACGCCAUCCUGGGACCGCAUCGCGGCCAUCGCCAAUGAAAACUCCUUCCUGCUGAAUCACGUCGAUUUCUGGGGUCACUCAGACCCAGAUAUGCUGGAAGUUGGUAAUGGGGACCUUACUUUGGCGGAGAAUAGAGCGCAUUUUGCGCUGUGGGCGGCGAUGAAAUCGCCCUUGAUCAUCGGUACUGCUCUCGACGGCAUUGAUCCCGCUCACCUCGAAAUACUAUUGAAUAAAUACCUCAUUGCGUUCCAUCAGGACCCCGUCAUCGGUCGUCCUGCAUAUCCCUAUAAAUGGGGCUAUAGUCCUGACUGGACGUUUGACCCGGCCCACCCCGCAGAAUACUGGUCCGGGCCAUCUUCGACGCUGGAUGGGACGUUGGUGCUGAUGCUGAAUUCAGAAGGGAGCAGGCAGACGCGCACCGCUGUGUGGAAGGAGAUUCCGGAAUUGAAGGACGCGCUUGGAAGAAAGGGGAGACGGCAAACGGGCUUCCGUGUGACCGAUGUGUGGACGGGUAAGGAUUUGGGAUGCGUGCGGGAUCACUACACUGUCACCCUGGAAAGUCAUGAUGUUGCAGCCUUGCUUGUUGGAAAAGGAUGCUAG